UUUGAAAUUGUUAAUUGUAUUGUAAUUCCAAUACUACUAGUAACAGUUAAGUUUUGAAAUAAACAAUUUCUUUCAAUAAAGUUAUUAUUCUGGAACUUAGUGGAAGAGAUAUAAACCGGUAGAACGAUUUACCUGAUGAGUUGAAUAUAGUAUAACAUGGCAGAUCGCUGGAUUGGUUGUGAAGUGGUGAUUGACUGUGGUGAUGUUUUAGGAGUCUUCCAGGGUCGGAUAUCUGAAGUUGAUACUGAAGAUCAAACUAUUACACUUGUGGAUUUUUAUAGAAAUGGAGUUCAUUCUCAGUAUCCACAUUUAGUUGUCAGUUCACAAGACAUCUGUGAUUUGAAAAUUCUUCAUACUGCUGAGGAUUUGGAAAAAUCAUCUCAUAAUCAGGUGGAUCAUUGCCUCAACAAAACUUCCAACAUCACAGAGACAGAAGAAUCAUUUUCAUCUCCAGCCAAAGUGGAAGAACAUAACAAAAGGAGAGGUGAUGGACGUAAAAAAAUAACGACACCAAAAAAGAUAGAAGGAAAAAAACGGCUUACUGAACGAGAUGAAGCAUGUUUUAGUGCUCCUGUAGACAGCUAUAUUUUGGAGCAUGAGUUUGACUUUGAGAAAAAUUUAGCUUUAUUUGAUAAACAAGCUAUUUUUGAAGAGAUUGAAGCACAUUCAAAACCUGAUGUUGUUCGCCUUGUUGACAUUAACAGACGUCAGACAGCCAAGUACAGAUGUGAUGAAAAUGUUCUUUUGAGUGAACCAGUUACAUAUAGAGAGAUAACUGUACCUUGUGUGGUUGAAAAAGAAUAUGUUACAGAUACUGGCUUGGUGGUACCAAGUAUAUCCAAAGAGCUGCGAUCACGGUUAAUAGAGGCAUCUGACCGCUUUGGUUUCUCAACUGAAAGAAGACUGGAGAUGGCUGGGCGAGCUGCUAGUGAGAUGGUCCUCCAAUUGGCUGGGGGCAAUCACAGGUUGAACCCACAGAACUCCCAUCAGAGACCCACAGCAGUUGUGAUAUGCACGUCACAUCAGCAGGGAGCACAAGCUGUAAACUGUGGCCGCCAUCUUGCAAAUCAUGGUGUCCAAGUAACGGUUCUCCAUCCUGCAGUACAUGAGGCAGAAGACCUUUGGUUUACAAAAGAACUAAAGUUGUUUAAGUUGACAGGAGGGAAGACUACUUCCAGUGUAGCAGGUGUGUACCUGCUUCCAAAGACAGUUGACAUUAUUCUGGUAGCUAUUGAUGAACAACUUGAGACUUAUGAAGUUAAAAUAGACCAACACUGGUACAACUCUUCUCAUCAAUGGGCCAGCCAUUGUAAAGCACCACUGCUACUGCUGGACCCACCUCCUGAGGCUAAAACAAUUUCGGACUUUGAACCUAAGUGGAUUCUUGUUACCGUACUUCCAUCUGCCUUUCCCAGCAGCAAUGCUAGCCUUUAUCUGUGUGAUUUAGGGCUACCAGGAGAAGUAUUUAGUGAUGUUGGCAUACGUUAUGCUUCACCAUUUGGGUCAAAAUUUGUCAUUCCACUGUAUAACAAGGAUAGUUAAAACAGCCACUGAAGUUUACUCUUUAAAUGUUAAGAAAGACUUGAAAAUUAUUCAAGAAGUGAUUGUUUUUUUUUAUUGUAAUGACAACUAAAUGAGUUUCAAAGCUUUUACAUACUAUAUAUCAAGUCAAACUCUUUCCAUAGCAUCAUCAGAAUAUAACUAACAACAUAAUUGUACUAACUCUUUUAAGAGCUAAAAAUGAAUAAACUGUUGCAUAAUAUUGUGCACAGAAACUAUUAGUUUUUUUUAAACAUAAGUUUGAAAAGGGUAUGUGUUAGUA